AUGAACGGAGCAGUUAAGGCUGCAAAUAAGAAUAUUAAGAGAAUUUUGAGAAAGAUAUUGGACGGUAAUAGGGAAUGGCAUGAGAAGCUACCAUAUGCUUUACUCGGCUAUCACACCACGAUUAGAACAUCUACUGGGGCAGCUCCCUACAUGUUGGUUUACGGGUUGGAAGCAGUGAUACCUGUAGAGGUAGAGAUAUCAUCAUUAAGAGUUAUCCAGGAGGUUGGUCUAGAAGACGCUGAAUGGAUUCGUAGAAAGGUCGACCAAUUGAUGCUCAUUGAUGAAAAGAUAUUGGAUGCAGUCUUUCAUGGUCAACUUUAUCAAAAUAGAAUGAUCAAGGCGUUCAACAAAAAAGUCAAGCCUCAUCGAUUCGUACCAGGACAGUUGGUAUUGAAAAAGAUAUUCCCUCACCAAGCUGAAGCCAAAGGGAAAUUUUCACCAAAAUGGCAAGGUCCCUACAUAGUUCACUGA